AUGCCACCAUUAGUUUCUGGUUCCAAGCGGCCAAGGAUUGAUAAUAGCACUGACGUAUUAACUGCGAAUAAUUCGGGUCUCCAAUUCGAAUGUGACCGCAACAAUACUCCUGGAAACAAAGAUCUAAAGAACUGUCAUAGUUGUGGUAAAUCAUUCAAGAAUCUCAAACUACAUUUGACUAAGAAACCUGCCUGUAAAAAUGUUUAUGAUUUUUCGAGCAUAGAGGCUGAAUCUGAUUUACGUAUUAAAACUCGGCAAACUGUAUACAAAGAGAAAAAUCGGUCCCAAAUCAAUGUGAAAAAGAAAGAGUACCGGGAGCUUAAGCAUGACAAGAUUACAGAGUAUAACAGCGCAAAUAAGAAGAAAAUUAGAAAGAACCAGGAAAUAUACAACCGUAAAAAUAAAGACAAAGUGCGAUCAAGACAAGAAAAAUACAACCGUGAAAAUAAAGACGAGGUGCGAGCAAGACAAGAAAAAUACAACCUUGAAAAUAAAGGCGAGCAAGACAAGAAAAAUACAACCGUGAAAAUAAAGACUAGGUGCGAGCAAGACAAGAGAAAUACAACCGUGAAAAUAGAGACGGUGUGCGAGCAAGACAGGAAAAAAACAACUGUGAAAAUAAAGACGAGGUGCGAGCAAGACAAGAAAAAUACAACUGUGAAAAUAAAGAUGAGGUGCGAGCAAGACAAGAAAAAUACAACAGUGAAAAUAAAGAUGAGUUGCGAGAAAAACAGAGAAAAUACGACACUGAGAAUAAGGAAAAAGUGCGAGAAAAACAGAAAAAACACACGACAGUGAACAUAAAGAAGAGGUGCGAGAAAAGCAGAAAAAUUACGACAGUAACAAGAGAGACAAAAUAGAUGAAAGUACACGUUUGAAAAAUUUUAGAGCGGCAGUUCGCAAUGGUCCAAUUUUCCCAUGUUUAUCAUGCUACAGACUACUUUAUUCCAAUGGAGUACGAUCUGUGAGUGAUAAGUUUAAAGAAAACGUGAAUGCUAAUGAUAACUUCUACGAUCGUAUGGUCACAGAAAUACGGGCGACUGACGGUCAAAUAUAUCUAUGUCAUACAUGUCACAGAAGUUUAUAUAAGACAAAGUGUCCAUCAAUGUCAACAAAAAAUGGUCUGUCUAUUGAUGAAAUACCCAGUGUGUUGAAUUUAUCUGAGAUGGAAAGUGUAUUAAUAGCAAAGAACAUACUAUUUUUUAAAUUGUUUAAGCUUCCAAAAACUAGAUGGGCUGGCAUACGUGAUAAAUUAGUAAACGUUCCGAUCAAUGAUAAUGAUUUACUCAAAACGUUGUCCAACCUGACAAAACUCCCGAGAGGACCUGAUAAUGCCGGUCUUCUGCCUGUUAAAAUUGAAAAGGAAGGUUGA